AUGUCGAGCACCAUGGGCUGCGAAAGCAGGGUACAUGCGGAGGUGUCCUGGGCCUUGACUGGAACUACCAUCAGCAGACAGUUCCUAGAUCCUCAUACGACCGUGGGCAAGUUGAAGGAGAUGCUCGAAAGGCCAGCGAAGACGCCUUCGGAGUUUCUAGAGAUUGUUUGCAAUGGGAGCAAGCUCAAGGACUCUGCCUGCACCUCCAGCUUUGUUGCCUCUCCAUCUGUGGCGUUGCUGGCCGUGCGCCGGGAGCCUCCGAAGCUGAUUGGCUUCCUCAAAGAGGUAUGGCAGAAACGACUGCAUGGAUCCCUGUCGCACAGAUCCCAGAGCAUUGCACUAGAAAGCAGAGAUUAUUGGGUCGCGUCUUACAUCGUUGCAUCAGAUCGCGCCGGCAUUCAGGUAAACCAGCUUGACACUUCUUGGGAUGACUUCGAUGAUUGGUGUCAGUUUGGCACCUGCAACAAGUGCACUUCGUUGCAUUAUGCAGCUCUAUGUGGCCAGGCGGAAACUUGUCAAGCUCUGCUGGACCAUCUGGCUUUUGGAUGUGCUGAUGCCCUCGCAGACGUGCACAUUCACCCCACUAGGGGUGACCUCUGCGGGGAGUCUUGCACAGCCCUUCAUGCAGCUGUUGCAUGGGACAGGAGCGAGGUUUGCUCGGCUCUUCUGAAGCAUCCCCGCUUUAGUGGCGUGGCCGUGGCCAAUGCUGCCGGGCAGACGGUUCUUCACCUAGCCGUUCUUCGGGGGUCGCCGGUCAUGGUGGAGGAGAUCCUGAUAGACGGUCGGGUGGACGUCAAUGCGAAGACACGAAGCGGCGAGACAGCACUGGACCUAGCCGUGCUCAUGCGUGAGCAUGCAGUAGAUUGGCACCACGGCCACGCCAAGUAUGAAAGAAUCGUGUCCAGAAUAGCGGACCACGCAAGCCGCGAGGCAUUUUGGGACUUGCUCCAAGAAGCCGUAGCUUACGAGGACAGGCGGCUCCUACGCAUCGCCUUGGAGUGCCGUCAUGGCAUGGACAAGUUCCUGGCCGGUGUGCUUGUUAGGGGCCGUUUUGACACAGAGUUGUUGCUUUCAGAUUUCAUGACUGUGAAGGAUUCUGCCUGCAGAAAGCGUGCAUUGCAGAAACAGAAGGACUGCCGGAAGAAGCAGGCUCUCCUGGCAAAGGCCUUCAGGAAGCAAAAGCUGGAGGGAUCGACCGCCGCAGAUGCACCCAAGCGCCGCUACCGGACCAAAGCAAGAAACCGCUGGAAGCUGACCGAAUUUGAUUUUUGGUGUUGA